AUGGAGAGCUCCGAUUGCGAUAUUACUGUGGAACCAGAAGGGAUUGCUGGACCUCGAGAAUGCUCGUAUCAUUCCGAAAGUCCGAUUGACAAGUGUAACUUGACGGGCAGGUGGUUGUACCAUGAUGAGAAGGUCAACACAGCGUGCAGUCGGUUCUUCGAGCCCGUAAAGAGAGGAGAUUACAAGAACAUAUUUUGUUAUGUGUGUAACACUGACAAUAUAUGGUCUUGGCUUAUGAUCGAGACGUUGGGAAAGGAUCCAGCCGGACUUCCUCUGACAGCACUUCUUGAUUUUGACGACAGUGACAUCCCUAAAAUGGAAUCUCAACAAGAAUGUCCAAACGAACAUUUUUUUGACUCAUAUAAUAGUAUCUGUCGCCAGAUCCUGUGCCCAUUAGGUAAAGUAUUCAAAGACGAGGAAUGCAAAAGUCUUAUUGCGGACUUCAUUUAUGGUUAUUACAUCAUAUGCAUGGACGUAACAAUGCAAAUACCUCUGUCGAAGACAAGCAAGAUAACACCGUACAUAUUCCGGGCCAUUGAUGAACUGAAGAGAGAUAUCAUAUCCAGAUUCAAUUUGUCCUACGCCAUUAAGAAGGCACACGCUGUCCACAUUGAAUGCAUUAACGACACAGUGACUGUAGCUUACACGAUGCAGCUUCGUGUAUACUCUUCUAACGCUCUCAGGGAUGAUCUGGAAAAGAACCUGUCAGAUUACUUCCGCAAAAACUUGUUUUCAGAAGUAUACUUCGUUGAUAAUCAAACUGUCGAAUUUUCCAUCAAUGACAAUACGUGUUCCACGUGGUACUCUGCUUCUGUUAUUAAUUUCGUAAUGUGCAAUGGACGGUUAAUGCUAUUUGGCUCCAUGGAAGAUGGACAGCCCGACUUCAUCAGACACUACGCUGAUCUGAUGGUCAAUGACAUGCUGUGGUGUGCACAAGUUGAACUCAACUCGACAGAGUACUCAGUGGAAGACAAUUCUAGCAUCAUUGUGAUUGAGGCAACAAAUAGAACACUGACACAGAGCGAAUAUCAACUCACUGACAGCGGAACAGUAAAAGCAUGUCUGUUCGACUUCCAGAGGAAUCAGACUGUGCUGCCUCCCAACAUAUCUUCGACGAUUAGUGGUUUACUGUCCAUGAUUUGCACGAGUAUUUCUUUAGCCUUUUUGAUUAUUUCUGUGAUGGUGUAUAUUGUCAUACCUGAUCUGAGAACAGAUGUAAGCAGAAACAACAUUUGUUUAGCUUUGAAUCUUAUAGCAGCUCAGACAUUUUUCAUCUCUCCUAGUAUUAUUGUCACCAUAACAGCUCUUUCCAAUUACUUUAUGUCUGGUUUCUCAGGUUACGGUCAUGGUAUCUGUUACUUGUCCAACGCUAGUUCUCGCGUAUACGGCUUAGCUAUUCCCGUUGGUAUCUUAGUGUGCGCCAAUAUCGUGUUAUUUAUCUACACCAUCAUCACGAUCUGCAGACUGCCCAAACUGAAGAGCACGUCCAACAAUAAGGUGAGCAUGAUUAUGUGUGUCAACCUGUCGACCAUCACUGGUGCAGCAUGGGUAUUUGGUUAUGCGUACGAAGCGACCGGUUUCAUUGGCUUUGCUUAUGCGUUUUCGGUAUUUCUGGGGUCAAUUGGGUUGUUCCUGUUCAUGUCAUUCUUCGCAAAUAAAUUUAAAGAAAGUCUGCGUGAAAAUGUGCUGUGCACGUGCUGCACGUGCUGCACUAAAUCGGUCACUAGUGAAGUACCCUUACCUGCAGAUAAUACAGCAGUGACUAGGUCUAGUGAUAGCUCAGACUUAACCAAACAGUAA